CUUUACUUCAAUUAAGACUCUUUAAAAAGUUAUUAUUAUGACAUCAUGAUUAUAAAAACUGCCUUAUAUGCAAUUGUAUACAAAUCAGUUCAUUUUAAUCUAAUAAUGAUGACAGGAAUUGUUCCCUGUGUAGAAUUUAGUUGAGAGAGAUUUUUGAGAAAAAUUAACAUGUAUCUGAUGUGCAUCCAAAAUUAAUCCAUAUUGAACUGCAUCAUUGAAUCAUGAAAACUGACAUUACCCAGCCUUAAUAAAAACACUGUAGUCAUUGUACUAUGUAAACAAUGUGUAACAUGUCAGUAAACCUGAUGUAAUUCUGUUCUGAUAGGCUACCAAAUCUUUUGCCAAUCUCAGUAGGCCCUACACUUCUUGUGAUUAAGGUUUUUUUUUUUUUUUUUUUUUUUUUUUUUUUGCAAAUUACCCAACCCCUACCCCUGGGGAUAAUUCUCACUUAAUGCUGAACUCAAAAGUUGACAGCCCUGCCUUAAAUAACCACAGUUUUCAGGAUCCACUUUUUUUGUUAAACAAUAGGUUUGUCUUCAGACCUCAUAAAACGUGUAAAUAUAGCUGGUUUAUCUAUGAAACAGCAAUGCAAGUUAAAUAACUCAGGAGCAAGGGUCAAUUCAGAGGAACUAAAGGUGGGGUUCUCUCCAGACAUCCUGGACUUGGGAACAGCAGAUGCGACAACUCAACAGGUCUCUCCGGUCAGCAGCAGGAGAGGAGCAAAGAUGAAGGUGUUAAUGAAUUAUAGAGGUUCCUAUAUGACAGCUGUCAUCACAUGUGUGAUCAUAAUAUGCAUGCUUCUGGUGAUCCAAACCCCCAUGGAUGAGUUCUCAGAAGGCAUGUGUGCUUGUAAAGACUGUGUCAGAGUGCAGAGUCGCAGUGCUUGGUUCAAUGAACUCUAUGAUCUCUCUAUUCAACCACUGCUCACCAGGGAAAAUUAUGUGCUCAGUGGAGAUAUCUACAAAUAUUGGAAGGGCCUUCAGAAAAAUAAGAAGGAAAGCAACUACACAGUAGUGGUGGAGAAGAUGUUUUCUCUCUUCCCAGAUAAAACCCAAUACUUAGAUGCUAGUCCAAAACGCUGCCGGACUUGUGCUGUGGUUGGAAACUCAGGAAACCUUAAAGGAUCCCGUUAUGGACAUCGCAUAGAUCUUCAUGACUUUGUCAUUAGGAUAAAUAUGGGCCCAACAAAAAGUUAUGAGAAGGAUGUGGGUUCUAAGACCACUCACCGGUUCAUCUAUCCUGAGAGUGCUGUAGAUGUGGAAAACUCAACUUAUCUGGUGCUUUCCCCAUUCAAGAUUCUGGACAUGGAGUGGCUCAUCAGUGCCUUCACCACUAAGAACAUCACACGCACUUACAAAACAGUAAGGCCGAGUAUAAAUGCCAACAGACAUAAGGUGAUGAUUCUACAUCCUGCUUUCAUUAAGUAUGUCCAUGAGAUAUGGUUGCUGAAACGCGGCAAAUAUCCAUCGACUGGCUUCCUCGCUAUUAUAUUUGCCCUGCACAUCUGUGACCAGGUUUCUACAUUUGGGUUUGGUGCUGAUCAGUAUGGAAACUGGUACCAUUACUUUGAGAAAACCUCACGUAACCUCCGUACCGGUGCUCAUAGUGGCAGCUUUGAGUUCGACACCAUGAUGCAACUGUACUUGGAAAACAAAAUUCAGGUGUUCAGAGGGAAAUAACUUGAGGAAAAUUUUUCCUGCUAAGCUUUUGCAAAUGGCACGUAGGAAAAUUGCAUUAUGAAAGCACAUGUCUCACUGUCAUACCAACCACAAAUCCUCCUGCUAGGCAACCUUUGAAUAAGAAAAACAUACUGUUGUUGUGCCAAUAUACUCUAUAAUACUUGUUCCCACAGCAUGCAGGCCCUAAGGAAUUGAAACAAAACAUCUUGAAACUGCUUUUGGUUGCUUCUAGUGAAAUUGCGAUAGCACUGAUUUAAAAGAUUUGAGUGUUAUCAUUGGUACAUUAUGACCUAUUGAAGACCUGUUAAGAAAAUGUAAAUCAUGCAUGUCUUAAUGGAUCUUCAUGAAUGUACAGCACAACAAUGUGUCGAGUUUUGAUUAAUAUGUUAAUGAAAAUUGCCAAAUGCCAAAUUAUGGUUAUAGCAUGUGUUUUAUAUAUUGUAUGUGAAGGAAAGUAGAGAAGUCAAGAUGUUAAGAACAAUACGCAUUUUUAAUCUUUGAAAGGAAUUGUCACAUUUGCCCUUUUUUUUUUUUUUUUUUUUUUUUUUUUAGAAACUUUAUUGUAAUUAUAAAUUAUGCAUUUACAUUUGUUGUUUUUAGCAAUCCAGUGAUUUGAACAGAAUUCUUAAGUGACAAUAUGCAUGACUUUCCACAAAUCUUAGCCUGAAAGCAGUUUGGUAUGUGGUGUUUUUAGGUUUUCAUAAAACAGGUUUUUUUGGGGGGUGUGGAAAUCUCCAACAUGAACUUGAUCCUCAAACAGACAGCAGCUUUUUGAGUAUAAUGACCGUGAAGGAAGCAUAGAUAUGUGCUGACAUACAUGUUUUAUUUAAAGUCAUUGUUGCAUACAGAGUAAAGGUCAGAGUUUGUGUGACGAGAUACUUUUGGGUAAUUAGACAGAUGUCUAAAGUUGUUGUUUUUUUUUUUUUUUUUUUUUUUUUUGGAUACAUUACAUCAGGUUUUCAUGGCUCAUAUAGUAUGAUAUAGGAGAAUAUGGAGGCUUCUUUAUGAGAAAAACCACCUCAACUUUAUUCAGAGGCCCAAACUGAGCAAAAAAUAUGCAAUUUGGCCAAAAAGUAUGUUGAAAUUCUGAAGCUUGUAAUGUAAAUCAAUGAGUUCUUUAUAACAGUAUAGCAGAAAAAUCCAUAUAAAUUUCAGUUGUCACUCUAUCUCCCAAAAAUGUCUUAGUAAGAUGAUAUAUAUUAGUUUUAUGAUCAAAGCUCUGUAGUUUUUCCUCAAAUGUAUGAUGUAUCUGAUACUCACAUUUAACAAGAUUUUUCAAAAAGAAAAAAAAAAGGAUAAUCAA